GUUGCUGCCAAUUACUCUGGAGGCGGCCUAAAGUGGAUCGCACAGUACUGUUACGGGGGCAUGCUGGUGGACAACCUGCUCCAGGGAUACGGCUUCAAGGAUGACGAGAGCUGGAAACGAAUCGAGUUUGUUGAAAAGAUUUACAAAGCUCACGCCAGUUGGGCUCUCGGUUACGCAUUGGACGCGACUGGGCGGAUCCCCAGCCGGAGUCCAACCUCCCGUCUUGAUCCUACGGCGCUGGCAAUCGGGCUCACCUUCCUCAUUUGUCUCCUGUUGUUCCUUCUUCUCCUCUAUAUUGGCAUUAAGAAAAAGCGAUUGUUACUAUAG